UCUUUAUCAAGUGAUAAACACUUUCUAAUCUAUAUGCCAAUUCCAAGUACAGAAAAAGAAAUAAAAAAGGUUCAAACUGUUAGCAUCACAAGUCCAACAGUUGAGGUUCCUACUAACCAACAAUAG